UUGAAAAAAACCGCGGUUCUUCUCUUCUUCACUCGCGACUCACUCCUCGCUGGUCUGCGCAUCCAAGAUCUGCUCCUCCCGCCUCUCGUCGUUUUUCGCUUCUGAUCUUCACCAAGAUGAUUGAUGAUCAUCAACUGGGCAUAAUAGCCAAUGUUCUCGGCAUGUUCAUAUUUCUCCUGGUAAUCGCUUAUCACUACGUGACGGCAGACCCAAAAUACGAAGGCAACUAAGUGUAUGGGAUUCUGAUAUUGUAUCUGCUAAUGGAGACACCAUCUGAGCUCCACAAUAGACCCAGUUGAUACAUGUAUUAAUGAAUUUUGUUAGAAACACCCAAACCUUUCUUACUGCCUUAGGAUUGAUCAGCUUCC